GCAGCCAGAGGCAAUCAGCUCGGCACCUGUGGCGGCUAGAGCCGAGUUUCUCGGGCAAGUCGCUGGGCUGCUGUGUGAUGCCACCGCCCGGGCAGGAGCGAGUGGUGCCUGUGCUGGGGGCGCGCUGCAGAACCCUCUACCCCUUCUCCGGGGAGCGACAUCGACACGGGCUGCGCUUCGCGGCGGGGGAGCUGCUCACCGUCCUCCAGGCGGGGCCCGACGGCGGUUGGUGGGAAGGGGAGACGGCCGAAGGGCUGAGGGGCUGGUUCCCGGCCAGCUAUGUCCAGCUAAUUGAGAAACCUAGGAAGGCCAUUCCUCAAGUUGGAGAAGAUUCUCAAAAUGGUCAUCUCCCACCUGGCUGGCAAAGUUAUAUGUCUCCCCAGGGGCGAAGAUACUAUGUGAACACUUUCACCAAUGAGACUACUUGGGAGCGGCCAAGCAGCGUCCCAGGAACCCCAAAGAAUUCAGUGACCCAGAAGAACUCCUUGCCUACAGUGAACGGAUACCACAUACCAGGCACAUUGGCAUCCCAGCUAGAACCAAGCCACAUGAGUCUCCGCAAAAUCAGCAGUGACCCUCAGAGUCCUGGGUCUCCAUCACCUACUCGAAAGCAGAAUAAGGAGAACACCUUUACGAUAAACUGUGUGACUUUUCCCCACCCUGACGCAAUGCCAGAACAGCAGUUGCUGAAACCUUCUGAAUGGAGCUACUGUGAUUAUUUCUGGGCUGAUAAGAAGGAUCCCCAAGGGAACAGUACAGUCUCAGGAUUUGAAAUUCUGUUACAGAAGCAACUGAAAGGAAAGCAAAUGCAGAAAGAAAUGGCAGAGUUUAUUCGAGAAAGAAUAAAAAUUGAAGAAGAAUAUGCCAAGAACUUGUCUAAACUAUCACAAAACUCUCUGGCUGCCCAGGAAGAAGGGACACUUGGUGAAUCCUGGUCUCAACUGAAAAAAAGCAUGGCUGAUGAGGCAGAGGUUCAUCUUAAAUUUUCCUCUAAGCUCCAGGCUGAAGUGGAAAAACCUCUACUCAACUUCCGUGAAAACUUCAAGAAAGACAUGAAAAAGUAUGACCACCAUAUUGCUGAUUUGCGGAAACAGUUGGUUAGUAGGUAUGCAGCAGUGGAAAAGGCUCGAAAAGCAUUAACAGAGAGGCAAAAGGAUUUAGAAAUGAAAACACAGCAGUUGGAGAUAAAACUGAGCAACAAGACAGAAGAGGAAAUUAAAAAGGCCAGGCGGAAGUCUACUCAAGCUGGAGAUGAUCUCAUGCGUUGUGUGGAUUUGUAUAACCAAGCUCAGUCAAAAUGGUUUGAAGAAAUGGUAACCACCUCUCUGGAACUUGAGAGGCUAGAAGUAGAGAGGGUGGAAAUGAUUCGGCAGCACCUUUGCCAAUAUACACAGUUGCGACACGAGACAGACAUGUUCAACCAAAGUACAGUGGAACCUGUGGAUCAGUUGCUUCAGAAAGUGGAUCCAGCCAAAGACAGAGAACUGUGGGUAAAAGAACAUAAAACUGGUAACAUCAGACCUGUGGAUAUGGAAAUAUAGACUUCUGUGACCAGGUGGGCUUUGGGCUCCACCAGGUUUGAGGGAAUUCCCUAAAGCUUCAAGAGGAGGAACAGGAGAGAUGUUCCAAUGUCAGCUUCCAUAUCUAUUUAUUAUUGUCUGUAGGGACUAUUUCUGUCAUGUUUGAUCAUUAUUCCAUUCCUAUAGUGCUAUGCCUUAAACAUCCAACAUUCCAGGGUUGAGAAGCUACUCUUUUUCCUUCUUUUUGAAACAGACUCCUAGCAGCUAAGCACGCGCAGCUCCCAUGAUCAAUUGCUGGGUCUGUUUGCUGGUACAAAAAGAAUUUUGCUAUUCCGUGAUUAUCUAUUUUGUGCUACUCCCCUUGCAUGAUGCUCUGUUUUGUACUGUAAUGUUAAGACACAAUAAGGCUGUGCCAAACAUAUGGAUGGAUGAGUUUGAAUGUGACUCUGGAAGCCGGGAGAUCCUCCUGAACGUUCCCACUGAAUUGUGUGGGAGUGGGGAGAUGGUUUUAAACCCCCUCCUUCUCUCCCACCUACACUUUAUGAAAUGGAGUUCGUAAUGCUUACCUACCUCACAGGGGUGUUGUGAGGAUAAUAUUAUGUUUUAACAACCAUUGUCUCCUAUAAUUGCAAAUGCUAUUGCAAGGCUACAGUGAAAAGGCUUUUUCGGGUAAAGAAAACAAGGCCGUGGGUCAGGAGACAAUGUACCCAAAGAAAACUGCUUGGGUUGGCCCUCUUUUAUACUGUCUCUCAGGUACUUACUGGCUGCAGUCCUCAAGCUACUUGUGAUCUGAUUGACUUCUUCAGGAUCUGCAGAAGUGAUCCGAGAAUUGGAAUCAUUGACCCCCCAAUAGAAAAAGAGCACUCUCAAGGCCCAGAUGCCUCCCAUCAGGUGUGCUUCAAGAGCCUUUGGAAGACUGUAAGAAAUCAAAUUCAAACUGUAUCUCAUCCAAAAAAUAACCUACAUGAAACUAUUAGAGGCCAGGACCUUCCUAGCCAACAUGUCUUCCCUGAUAACCAAUUUUGUGCUCAUGUCACAAAGAUCUCUGGAUUGAUGACAAGCAAAAUUCAAGUGGAACUUGGGUUUGGGGGAAGAUCUUGCAUGCCUUUGGCUCUUGAGUUCCCACACUCUGGCAGCUAUUUUAAAAAAUGUUUUAUUUUAUAACAGAGUUCAGGCCAUAUUAAGUCCUAUUGCAAAGCUAUCAGAUGGCCAAAAAUCAGCACAAGUGAGUUAAGAAGUGACUAUAUGGAUCCAGCCAAAGAUGCAUUAUACAACUAGAUAUUUUCAGAAGUGCAGCUAUUUACGAUGGUACUACAAGGCCUUACCAAUUGAUCCUGAGCUCCUGUAUUUGAGAAACUGUUGGGGGAAACUUGUUCCCCUCCUUUUUUCAUUUGUCUUGCAAUGGUGUUUGUACAGCACAAACAUUUGCUUCAAGUAUCAGAGCUUUAAUUUUUUGUACUGCCAAGUAUUUUGUUUGAACAUGUGUCAUAAACAUCUACCCUUCAUUUUU